CCAGCAUACUCCAAGCAGUUGAGGGUCCGAUGCCUUGCUCAAGGGCACUCCAGUAGUGCCCAGGCUAGUGAACCAGCACAUUUCCAGCCAUCAGUCCACUUGCGAAACUUAGUCCGCACUUGGACUCGAACCGGCGACCCUUCGGUUCCCAAGUCAAGUCCCUAUGGACUGAGCUACACUACUACUGAUGAGCAGGAAUGAUAAACGAAAAGAAACAGGUUAAAAUUCUCACUUUAAGUCAAAUGCCCAGGGUGGCAAAAUAAUUGUAAGGACUUGGUGGCUGUCACAUGAAAACGCAUGAAGUGAUGAUAAAAUGUUAAAUUAAGAAAAGUGAGAAUGACUACUUAAAUGGGGAUAAGACAAAGUGGAGUACUUUGAGAUCCGGUUGGAUUCGAACCCACCACCCCAAACCAGCACCACACUGAGAGUGUUUCUCGACGCUCAGCAAAUCAGAUCAGAUGAAACGCCGCUCACCCGGGCGACGCUGCCUUCGAAAUCUCGCGCUCCCACAAAUACACGCAUGCGCGGUCUGCCUCUCUUUCCGGAAGUAGGUAAUGUUUUGGUUAUGAAUCCUGAACACAUGCAUGGCUUCGUUGACUGCCACUGUCAUAUCUCUGCGAGGGAUUUUGACAAGGACAUAGAGGAGGUGGUUUCGAAUUCCAAAAAGGAUGGGUUGUUGGCGCUUGUAGCAGUGGCCGAGCAUGCUGGAGAAUUUGAGAAGAUUAUUGAGUUGUCCAAAAGGUUUCCAGAUUUUAUCUUUCCCUGCCUCGGUGUUCAUCCUGUUCAAGAAGUUUCUCCAGAGCAACAGAGGGGGGCUUCUCUGCAGGAUCUGGAUGCUGCUCUGCCCAUAAUAGAGAAAUACAAAGACCAUCUUAUUGCCAUUGGGGAGGUUGGUUUGGAUUUUACCCCCAGAUAUGUCAGCUGUGACUCUGAUAAAGAGAGCCAAAGGCAGGUCCUCAUUCGUCAGGCACAGAUAGCCAAAGAGCUGGAUCUCCCUCUAAAUGUUCACUCACGCUCUGCAGGAAGACCCACCAUCCACCUCCUGAAAGAGCAAGGUGUCGAGAAAGCCCUGCUGCAUGCUUUUGAUGGUAAACCGUCUGUUGCCAUGGAGGGAGUUAAGGCUGGAUAUUUCUUUUCUAUCCCGCCAUCCAUAAUACGGAGUGAACAGAAGCAGAAGCUUGUGAAACAGCUGCCAUUAGAAAACAUCUGUCUAGAAACUGAUUCACCUGCUCUCGGUCCAGAAAAGCAGGUGAGAAAUGAGCCCAAAAACAUCUGCAUCUCUGCGGAGUACAUCAGUAAGAUUAAAGGAGUGUCUCUGCAGACGGUGAUGGAGGUGACGACACAGAAUGCUCUCCGACUCUUCCCAAAGCUUAAGUCUGCCAUCAGACCCUGACAGACACUGUAAGAUUCAUGUGAACGGGCUUGAACAUCUUCAAAAUGACAAAAUGUAGGAGUCUAAUUUAACUAAGAUGGCCUGAAGUGUAAAUUAUAAGUGUAAGAGCCACAGAGUUGAAGCUGCAUGUGGACAGUAUAAUUGUGCCUGAGACCUGAAAGCUGUAUAUGUCCAUUCAUUUUAAAUAAAGGAAGAAGAUAACAACUUA